AGUAUGGCCGGCGAUAUUAGCUAGCGCUCGCUCUACGGUAUUCUCUGUAAAAGGGAAGACGGUAAAUCCAAGAAAACUACACCUAAACUGCAAAAGGACUGUACUAAAAUAUUAAGUUAUAGCAAUCAAGCAAGGAUUGAUAAAGCUGAAAAAUAAACAACAUAUAUUUUCUGUUGUUGGUGUCUGUUGUCUCACGAUGGAAGAGAACGGUGCACACUUCUUUGAAGGGACCGAGAAGCUGUUGGAGGUGUGGUUCUCCCGACAGGAUGAGACCAAAGGAACAGGGGACCUCCGUAACAUCCCAAGGUUUGAGUGGGACAAACUUUUGGAGAAUGUGCAUUGUUUGAUCAUUAGUGUGACAAAAACCGACAAGCAGGAAGCUUAUAUACUCAGUGAGAGUAGCAUGUUUGUCUCCAAGAGACGUUUCAUUUUGAAGACAUGUGGAACCACCCUCUUACUACAAGCACUGGUGCCUCUGCUGGAAUUGGCGAGGGAGUACUGCGGCUUUGACACCAUUAAGAAUUUUUUUUAUUCCCGCAAGAACUUCAUGAAGCCAACCCAUCAGGAGUUCCCUCACCGGAACUUCCAGGAGGAAGUGGAAUUUCUCAGCGAGAUAUUCCCAAAUGGAGCAGCCUAUUGCAUGGGACGUUUGAAUUCUGAUUGCUGGUACCUGUUUACUCUGGAUCUGCCAGAGUUCUGGGAGAACAAGCAUGCGGAUCAGACGCUGGAAAUUCUGAUGAGUGACCUUGAGCCAGCGGUUAUGGACCAGUUCUACAUGAAAGAUGGUGUUUCUGCAAAUGACGUCACUCGUAUGAGUGGAAUACGUGACCUGAUUGCAGGUUCUGUGAUUGAUGCCACAAUGUUCAACCCUUGUGGCUAUUCUAUGAAUGGAAUGAAAACUGAUGGAACUUACUGGACGAUCCACAUCACCCCAGAGCCAGAGUUCUCCUACGUUAGCUUCGAAACCAACCUGUCUCAGACCUCCUACGAUGAUCUGGUCAGGAAGGUGGUGGAUGUCUUCAAGCCAGGGAAAUUUGUGACAACGCUUUUUGUCAAUCAGAGCUCCAAGUGUCGCAGUGUCUUUUCUUCCGCCCAGAAACUCGAGGGUUUCAAGCGCCUCGACCGCCAGUUGGCCCAAUUCAACGACUACAAUUUUGUUUUUACCAGUUACGCCAAGAACCGCCAGCAGAACCAGCAGAGUUGAGCCGCGGAAAUGAAGAAGAAGCGUAAAAAGAAAGCGGUCUGUCAGCGGGGCCCCCCUGGCCCCCGGCUCAGCCCUUCAGCCCGCUGUUACCCUUUAGAAUUGACCAGCUCUGGUAGUGCCCUCGACCCUAGUUUAACCUCCACUUUGAAUCGUACGCAUUCUCGUAUCUACGACUUAGCUAUCUUGCAUGAAAGCUCUCUUCUCCGUUUCGAUAUUCUAGCUCACUCUUGCUGUGAUCUUGAAGUGCAUGUAGAGGAAUUAAACGCGCUCUGUUUGAGGAUCUUCGCCCCCGCUCCGCACACCCAUCCAUGUGGCCCUUUCCUGCAGGUGUCUCCCCUCAUUCCCCACAGACAGGGCUUCCGGGCCCACUAGGCCAGAGCCCUGACAUGCUCAGAUGGGACCGGUCUCUACUGUGCGGUUACCGCACUCAAAACCAUUUAUAACGGUGAAUCUCUAGAUUUAUAACUCUUAUCAUUUGUAGAUGUGGUCUUCAUGCAUUUUUGUCGUUUGAGUGCACUUUAAUGCCCUCCUUAUACAUGCACACACACACACACACACACACACACACCUCAUUGGCCUUUCAUUUGCUGUUCCACUGGCAUUGGGAUGCCUGUAAACAAUGACGGACCCCACACUGUUUUUAGCACUGAAUGUAACUGCAAUCCCCUACAACUCACUUAGGAAUUUUAUGAAAACCAAUUCUGUGGAAGUGAGCUGUAAAGUUAUUGACCGACUGAACUAAGCCACAUAAUUGUAUUUGUGCCCAGCCGAUCUGAAGGCGUUCCAUGGGUUUUUGAAGCUGUUCACAACACUGAAUACAGUAUAACACGGUUCACUUGGUCUCUUCUUGGUUCACUUUUUUUCUCCCCAAGCUUUUGAUUAUUCGUUUGGUUAAGGCAGAAAACUUACCACACCAUCAGUUACACAAUUUUAUUGAAUGUUACAAAACUAUGAAAUGGAAUGGCGCUUUCUGGCAACACACGUAUCUACCGUGUAAAUUUGCACUUUAUUAUUUCAGCGGACAAGGUUCCUCUAUCACUAAAAUCUCAGCUCUUCUGCAAGAACCAUUUUGGACUGAAAUUUCAAGAACGCAUGAGCCAGGAUAUCCAACGAAGCCACAGUUUUAUAUAGUUUCCCCUCUUUAGCUGUUCCGUGUUUGAAUGUUUACAGAAUUAUGCAGUCUGUUCCCUUUUAGAAUGUUUGUGUCCCUGGGGGGAGCGGGGGGGAUCGAAGUCUGUGUCUAUCGAAUGUUACAAAUCAAACCUGAGUGGCCCGGUUUGCUGUGGUCGGUCAGCAACACCCUCUGCCAGCCAGCAGGAGGCCCUCUGCCCAGAGCGAGACCGUCCACUGGCCCCAGAACGAUGCCUGACACUGUCGCUCCCCCAGGCAGCGGCCCUGAAUGGGGAAAUAAUGAAUCGGACACUUUGCUUAGCACAGCGGUUGCCCAGCAAAGCAUUUUUCUUUCGCUAAACAAUAUACACCCUCUCUUUUUUUCCCGCCCUGUACAGAAAUCAGUAACCGCACAAUAGACGUCCACCCAUCUGAGCAUGCCAGGGUCACCCCGGAUCAUUCCACACAUAACCGCUGCAUAUACUGCCGUUUUAUUAAUUUUAUUGUGCGCAGACGUUUCGCAGUGAAUUGGUCCAAAAUGUGACUCCAUUGCAGUUUUUUUUUUGGAGUAGCGUCAAUGCCCUUUUGUUCAGUGACGGAAAGAUCCUGUCACACCGUGGUGCAUGUGACUACUAGUGCUGUAUUGCUUGACAGUGUUGUAAUGCCGCAGUCAGUUCCUCCUGUGUCAGGUAAUCGAUGUGCUUAAUCUUCCUCUUGGGUUUAUUGGCUGUAACUUAGAUAAAACUGAGACAUCCUGAUAAUGUAUCGUGUUAUAUUAAAUAAGUGGUUGUGCUUCCCUGAGAAUUUGGUUGAUUUUCAUUAUACAUCCAGUAGUGCUGAAAGCAGGCCCUGAAAUAUUUGGUUAAGCAAAAUAAUAUGUUCAGGCAGUUGUGGAAGAACUUUUUUUUUCCUUUGGUUUUUCUAUUCUGUCAUGUUCAUGAGACUUCUGCCACAAACUAGAUAUUAACUAGACUCUGCCAUUGGACCUGGAGUCGGCAGGAAGAGUCUGCACUUAAGGCUGGCAGCCCUGGACUGCUUUCAGCACUUUGGUUUUGUACUACUCUGUUUUUGUUUCCUUGUUAGGAGUGACUUGAAGGAUGUUUCAGGAAGCUCCUAAAACUCCUCUGAACUGUUGGUGUCAUGGGGUAUUGCGAACAGGAAAAAAUGGUGGUUUCAAAGAGUUCUGACAAAGGAACAGCCAAUGUGAAAUGUGCUCCCGGAUCAAGCUAACCUGAUCGUUCAAACGUUUUCCCUCCAGUAUGUCUGUUGUAGCUUUUGGAGUGGUGUCCGUUUUGACCAGAAGUAUAUUUGAUCAGGGAUCUUUCCUAAAUCACACGGCCCUGAAAGAGGUCUGGAGUCCUAGCAUUUUAGGAGCAGCAGCAUAGAUCCAUAGACAACAUGAAUGUGAUUGUUUUUUUGUUUUGUUUUUUUGGGGCGGGGGGGUGAAGUCAUUCAAACUUUAAAUUGGUAAAUUAGAAAGUGUCUAAAUGAGAUGUCUUGUUGAAUUGGGUUGGAACAUUGCUUUUUAUAGAAAAAAAAAAAGACUACCUUUCAGGGGGGAAAAAAUGAAAAAAAUGGGGUCAAACUUUUCCAUUUUAUAGUAGGGUUUUUUUAAUCUAUACAAAUUAAGGGAUUCAAUUCUGCUGCGGACCAACUUUGUUUUACUGUUCUGUUCUUUGUUUUGAACCAGUGUUCCAAACCAAUUCAUUCUUAAAUUGAGAUGUUCAAUUUUUCCUCUCUCCUCACCCCUCUUCUGCUUUACCCACUAGCUCUGUGUAGCAUUUCCUGGGGAAGGGGUAUAAUAUGACUUGUAGGACAAUGAGGAAGGGUGCCAUUGCAGGAUUAAGUAUUGGGAUGUACUGAAGGGAAAAUUUGGUGUUUUAAUUCUCUUGCUAUUCUUUGGUUGGUCAAGAUGUGCUAUAUAUAUCUGUACUCUGAGCUUGAUGCUUUAAUAAAAAAAAAAUAUUGCUUUC